UACUAACUUGAUUUUUGUUUUAUGUUAUAGCGUCUAGAGCAAGCGGCUGAGAAGGAGGAGGAAUUGACGCCAGAACAGAAGGCUGCAGAGAAGCUCCGGCGCCAGAAAUUGCAGGAGGAGUCUGAUUUGAGGCUUGCCAUGGAAACAUUUGGCAUAGAGAGUGGUGGUUCGGGCAAGCUGGACGGCUUCAACCCCACCACAAAGGAGGAGUUCACAGAGUUUGCCGACUUGCUCUGCACUAAAAUCAACUUGUACAAGAACAGGGAGGAGUUCCCCGCCUUUGUUGAUGAACUGGUCAAAAAUAUUAUUUUACAAAUGGCAUCUGCUGACAUAAAAAGGAUAAAAUUGACAGUGGACAACCUUUACAUUGAGAAACAGAAGGCAGAAAAGAAUGAAAAGUCAAAGAAGCCCAACAAGGGCAAAGGAAAGGCCAAAUUAAAAGUGGAAGGCGAUAAUGCUCACCUCAAUCAAUAUGACGCAUACGGCAACUACGACGACGAUUACGACGAUUUCAUGUAAACACACACACAAACAUACACACAGCAACGAUACCUGGCCUCUGACUCAAAGAGAUCACCUCACUUUCAAUGUGAAGCUCAUCGGUAACUUGUUUAUCUACUUAAAGAAGUCUGUUUAGUCUUGCAUGGGUAAGGUAUACAGACAAGAAU